UGGGAGUCGUUUGUUGGAUUUUAAAGAUCAGUACUGAAGUUCGAGUAGCUUAGGGAAUCUUGAUGUGACCUGUAUUGUUAUCUACUCUUUGUGUUCUUUUUUUUUUGGGUGUUGUUACAUUUGUUGAAUUGUUGAGUAAGUGGAAACAGAAAUUUAGUGAUUGAUUUUGAUUUUCUUAGGAAUUGAUGAAAAUCAAAGAAGAUUCUAAGGUUCUUGAUUUUUUGUUGAAUUUUUUAAGAUCAGUAGUGGAGUUAGAACAGUUCAGGAGAUUUUGAUUUACUGAGUUGGUGAAUUGGUGAGGUAGUGGAACCAGACAUUUACUGGUGUGAUUUUGAUUUUAUUAGAAAUUGAUGAAAAUUAUAGGACAUAAGACUGACAUUUCUCAGGAAGUGUUGGAUGCUGUUAUUUGAAACCUUGUAUAUGUAAAAGAUUGAAAAUAAAAAGAAAGCAAAAAGCUACAGUUUAUUUUUGGGCACAUUUAUUUAUUUUUUGAUUUGUGUGGAAGAAGACAGACCAGCUUGUGGGAUUACACGGAGUUUGUUGGCUAAUCUCGUUUGAAAUCAUGGCACUACAUAGAAGUAACUGUUUGCUGUUUUGUAUUCAAAUCUUCUCCUAUAUGCCUCUUGCUAAUUAUGCUUAUUUAUUUUCCUUCUCCAUGAAUCAAGAGAGAUGGACAGGUCCUGAUUUUAAAUUUAUAUCAACCAUCUUAGUGAACUUUUUGGUUUGAAAAAUAAUGUGAAUACCAAGUUUUUUUUUUUUUUUUGUUUUCAUUCACUUUCCCUGUUCCAUUUUUCUACCAAAGAUUAGCAGAGCAGUCUUUUGCACUGGUUGCUUGAUAUUGAUACUGAUGCGAGUUUCUGUCUUAAUCAUUUAAUAUUCUGUUUUGCUCAGUCUUGUUGUUUUUACUGUUUGAGUUUGCAUGCUCUCUAUCUAUGCCUCUUUCCAUCCUUUCCAGUUCCCUCUUCUAAAAUUAUCUUUCAAAAACUUGAAUUGCUUUUGAACCAAGCCAAUUCUUAUUUAUUCUCUAUGGUAGGAUGGGGCUGCAUUGACCUUGAGGCGGCUUGUAGAGGAAGAAGCUUGUGAUCUUAGUAGAGAAGCUUUUGCUCGUUUCAUGGAUCAUCUAUAUGAACUCAUUACUACAUUUCUUGAUAGUAAUGAAGUUUCUGAAAAUCGUGAUCCUGAAAUAUUGGUCCUUACUAGUAAAGUUCUUGGUCACCUAGAUAGAUCUGGUGGUGCAAUGACUGCAGAUGAAGUGGAACGUCAGGUUAAAGUUGCACUAGAAUGGCUUCGUGAUGAAAGAAUUGAGUAUCGUCGCUUUGCUGCAGUCUUAAUAUUAAAGGUACAAUUAGCAUAUUUCUUCAUGAUUUGUUCUAUAAGCAAAAAUUUUGAAGCUGGGUUUUGUUUAUUUCAUCUUUACAUGAUGGGGAAACUUUGAAUUGAAGUCUCUUUUUUUGGUUACUGUCUCUCCACCCUAGAAAAUUCUACUGUUCUCACCGCCAUUCUACCAAAUCUCCCUUUUCCUUUCUCCAACUUUUCCACCCUCCGAUUUGCCAUUGUUAUAGAAGGUACCUAAAGAGGAUUCCUCACUUUUCUCUCUCUUUCAAAACCGUGCAUGAGACUUUCAUCUCGCAUGGCUUCUAAGUGAUAAAAGAAAGAAGUGUUCCCAAAACUGAAUACAAAUAUUAGCUAUUUAUUAAAAUUGUAUCCUAAAGGUUAACUAGUGUUUUUUUUCCUGUUAUCACCGAAUUAAGAGUGAAAUAGUUCAUACUAU